CUCUUCUUCAAUCGACUCGAUUCAUCGACCUUUGAAGCCAGAGCAGAUACUUCGAGACAAGAGCAGAAGACUUCAGCAAGCGCCCAAGUCAUCUGAACGCAUUGGAUGCCUCUGUAUAGCAGCCUUUCGACCUGUCUUCGAUCGAUGAAAUCGGACUACUGAACAAACAUGAUAUUUUCCCCCCCGCAAUAUCGAGAAUUCUAGCAAGCAUUCCAUAUCUAGAUGGCCUGCCAGGAAGUUGAAGCACUCUCAAGACUCUGUCCACAUGCCAGCAGGAGGUGCUGGAGGUGCAGCGACCCUGGAGUCGCCGAGCCGUCACACGCGGAAGAGGACUGAAGACGUAGUGUUCGCCAAAGGAGACGCGAAGAGAAGAAAGAAAGACAUGCCAUCCACCAUGUUCAAACCCCAACCUAUUCUAUCCAAUUCAUCAGAUACUCCGCCCGAGGACGAGGAGGAACAGUGGAGCAAUAUUCCUCCUCCACCUUCGGAACGCAAGAUCGCACGACGUCGACCAUCCAUGAAGCAGCGAGUCGAAGACGUACCGGACGAAUCAAAGAUAGCGCCCACUCAAUCAAAACAAUCACGUAGCGGCGAGGAUCUGGUGAAGAGCCUUCGAGCCGACGAUAAUAUGGCUUCAACCGGAAAGGGCGCGGGGAGCUGGUCAGGUAUCCAGUCUAUGUCAUUCGCGUCGAGUUCUCGAUCCCAAUUACCAGGCCAUCGACCGAGCUCUCCCCCGCGUGAGAGACUUGGAUUCGUACCUCGCUUCUCCACAGCCCUGUCGUCAUCCACCUUGCAACCACCCGCAACUAAGAACGCCCAAACGCCGGGCCUAAUGGGUCCGCCCAGUGGUCCACUCAGAAAGACUCGAAAAUCAUUGAAGGGUCUAGCACAUGGUCUCCCAGCAGAUCAAGAAGAGGCACACGUGUCAAUGACGAUGGCUCUGCCGGACUCGGAGACACCGAUGAUACGCAAGAAUCAAGAGAUGAGAGAAGCCCAGAGGAGGAGUUCGCUGGGUCAGCGAACCCAGAGAGCAAGCUCCAGUCUGGGCAAGGGAGAAAUCACCAUACCACACUCGUCUGUGCCCACUAGCAUGUUUUACCGUCACAUCACCCCGUUGAUCCCUGAGCCUAUUCGUGCUCGACACCUCAUCGCAUGGUGCGGUAAACGCGCAGGAGAUGCAGAGAUCGCAGCAAGAUUGAAGAAGAAAAGGUCUGGUGAUUCAUCGUCAGAGCAGCGUACAGAGGAUGGAGAUAGAAUUCUCGAAGGAAUACUGGAAGACUUUGGAUUGGCCUUGGGGAAAGGAGCUAUCGAUACGAAUGUUUUCGCUCAAAAGUCAGCUCCGCCAAUCUCGUCGCUCGCUCCUCAUCCAAGGAACGUCGCAAACAGAGAAAUACGCGCAAAGGAGGAAGAGGUGAUCCAGCGAUGCAAAACCGAGAUACACCUUUGGGAUCGGCUGCACAAGUCCGCUCACAACAAAGCUCAACGAGAUCACGCAGAACUCCGCGAGAAGCGAAUUGCCGAUGUCGAGCCGGAUGUCUACACCGCUGAGGACGAAUGGAUGAGGGAUGCUAUCAAAAUGGCAGAUCGCAUGAUUCGAGAAGGUGAUGGUGACUUGCGAAACAGAGGCGAAUUCGCAGAUGUGGAGUUCAAGGUUGAUACGCUGCUUCAAGACACUCAUUCAGCUCUGCAAUACUCUCGACAAGCUCAGCGCUUCCUUGAUGGAAUAUUCGAAUCCCUCUCUGCGGAUCUCAAAGCCAAAGAUGGAGGUUCAGGUGUCAGUGCCAAGUCCAAUCUCGGGACCGAGACUGUCUCAUCACUACUUGCCUCAUCUCGGUCUGAUGCUGCUGCUGAUUCAAGUCAAAACUCGAACGACGCCAUGGCCGUUUUGCGAGCUAUCUCCAAAUUGGAAGGCUCUAAUCCGGAUCCGCGUGUACUCGCCAAGGCGGAGCAAUUGGAGUCAUCGGCACCUGCUCCCAGCUUGCUGGCAUCUAGCGUCGGACCUGGAAGUAAAGGAUGGACUCCGAGACGCGUCACAUCGGGUAGUACGCCUCGUGGAGCCGAUUAAGCUCUCGCAUUGAUUCUGGAUAUGAGGGAUUGCUGCCGGGGAUCUGAGGUUAAUAUGGUACAAACGCUAGCGAGAAGAAUAAGAGGGCUGGAACAGAUUGUAUUGCGGCUUCAUUGACGAUCUAUGAAUGAGCUUGAAUCUUGA